AUGGAGGUCGAGAAGCCAUUCGCACUCAUCUCACAGGUAGGGGGGGAACAUGGUUACCAGCCGGAGUUGGCUGACCUGAUUAAGCAACACUUCUGCACCAUCACCUACCGUGACUUCAUGGAAAACCAGGAACGCUACGCUGGGAAGAUCAAAGUGCUGUUCAGUUGGAAAUUCAGGCCUUAUCCAGAACCUUCCUUGCUCAGGAGGCUGCCGGCUUUAAAGGCGAUCGCCAUCGGAGGCGUCGGGGUGGAUCAUUUGGACCUGCCCUUCAUCGCUGGACUGGGCAUUAAAGUGUCCAACACACCCCAUGUCGUUAGUGAUGCUACGGCCGACAUGGCCAUGGCGCUGCUGCUGGCCUCCGCCCGCAAGAUAUUCGAGGGUCACAGGAUAGCUGUUGCUCCUGAGACUACUCAGAUACCUCAGGACCUGAUGGGAAUUGAAGUCACGGGUUCGACUCUUGGCAUUGUCGGGAUGGGAGAUGUUGGAUACAAGAUUGCGGAAAGGAGUCGGGGAUUCAACAUGAAAGUGUUGUACCACAACCGAACGAGAAGAUCAGCCGAGGAUGAAAGCGCAGUGGGAGCUCAUUACUGUGAGCGUUUGGAUGAUCUGCUGAGACAGUCAGACUUUUUAAUGUUGGCUGUGCCUCUGACUCCGCAGACCAGCGGGCUGAUCGGCCAGAGAGAACUAGCCCUAAUGAAACCCACCGCCACUCUCAUCAACAUCAGCAGAGGUCUUGUAGUGGACCAGGAUGCACUGCUGGAGGCUCUAAGGAAAGGAGUGAUUCAUGCUGCUGCCAUGGACGUGACAUAUCCAGAACCCCUGCCCAGAGACCAUCCUCUCCUCAGCCUGGCCAACGUAAUCAUCACUCCUCAUAUCGGCAUAAACACCCUGCAGACUACACACAAAAUGGUGCAGACGAUGGUGGGAAACGCCCUGGCUGCCCUGAAUGGUGAUGCCAUGCCUGAUGAAGUGAAGCCGAAGUAA